AUGGCAAACAACUACGCAGCUCUUUCAGUAAUUGAUGUCACACAAGGAACCUGGUGUGCAUGGACAUGGAUAGCAUUAUGUUUAAUAUGGAAAAAUCUGCUGGUGAUGUUGUUAUUAACGAUUUUUCGCUUCAGAGAAAAACGAAUUCGAGCACCAGAAGACGUAAAGAUGAUGAAAGAUGGCACAGCACAUGUAUCGGGAGGACCAUCUGCAGUGAUAACAACAUCAGCCGGCACCGAUGUAUUUACACUAACAAAUGCUGAUCGUUGCCAACGUAUAUUAGCCAACGAAGCAGAAUAUACACCAUAUUUCCUCGUAUUGGCAUUAGCAUUUUGUGUUAUCAUGGCCGGCGAAUCAACAGCACGUCUUGUCAUCUAUGGUACCAUCUUCGGCUUUGGAAGAAUUUUACACACAUUGGCUUAUCUUCCUCUCAAGAAUGGCAUUGCUCGAACCAUUGGCUUUUUACUAUCAGCUGGAAUACUUGGAGCAAUGACAAUCGACUUAUGUCAACGAGCAACAAAAUUAGCUGUCGGCGCCUCAAUUUAUAAUACAUAUUAUUAA